GGCAUAUUUUUCCUAGUUAAACAGUCCCAAAGGACACAUGUAAUCCACCGAAUCGAAGGCAUCUUUGAUGUCGAGAAAUACGACUACGAUGGCUUCCAAAAAUUAUGGCGUUGCUCCAACAAUUCACGUACAGCGAAGAUGUGGUUAAUGCAGCUUCUAUUUCGACGAAACCCGGCCUGCUCCUUGCUCAUCCGGAUUUCACGGAUGCCAGUUAGUAUCUUGAAGGCUUCAGAGACAAGCACCUUAGAGACACUUGAGGUCCGACUGAUUCAUCCGUGACUGCAGUAUUCUGAAAUUGAGACUAUAAUCAAGCAGCUACAUUCUAUUGUGACAGCCUUCUGCUCCCACAGCUUCACAGAACAUUCAUCAAUGAAGAACCAUUUUCAAUCUGCUCUGUAUCAAAGCACACAAAAGCAACUUAUGGGUAGGCCACCUAGACCCAGACAGUCUGUUUCUCCAGCAAUGAACAAUAAGAACAAUCAAAUCCGAGUUGAAGUUCACGAAAAAGAUGUUCAACCGGAAUGUGGUGAAAACUUUGCUGAGAAAGACGACUUUCCUUCAGAAUAUUAUCCAGUUCGAUCUGAGGUCACUUACUCCGAUGAGAAAGAGUGCACACCGUCUAUGCGAACGGAUUAUUCUCCCACGGAAACCUUGACGAAUGUUAGCGCAUCCGACCAUAAGUCUUGGAUGGACAAUUCGGGAGCAUCAGAUGAUAUUCUUGCUCAGUGGCGUCUCAGGCGCAAAAUGGAGACUGCUCGGUUUACUGGACUUACUUUUGGUCAUUGUCUUUCCCAUCAUCCGUGGCUUGUUCCUCAGCCGUGUGCUCCAUUCUGGGCGUACCAAACCCGACCUGGUGGAACACCACAAUCGGUUUUUGAACAGACCCACGUUUCCAGAGACGUUAGCUGUAGGGCAGAGCCGCACACGUUUGGAGGUCAUACCGUCGAGAGUUUUAAGGCCAACAAAGCUACUCAGUGUGCCUCGGUGCCGAAACGGACUGCCCUCACUGCAUCUACCCAAACAAAUGAUCCGGAUCUGCACGGUCACUUACCAACAAGCACUCUACGGGACUCUAGUGUGAUGACGGAUGACCCGGCUGCUUUUUCUACGGACUCCCGUUUACCUACACUCAAAUUGGAGCAACGUUCUGUGCGGACCAUGGCUUCUCCUUGUUUGCGGGAUGUCGAGGUACAGACCCCCGUUGUUUGCGGUAGGCAACAGCAACCGCCGAGUCCCGUUUCGCCUGUCGGCCAGGCCAAGCCGGCGUUCCAGCGUCGUUCACUGUUUCCUCCGUUACCCGACCAUAGUGGAUCUGACCACUACACUGAUGCUGACACCUGGUCGUGGCCGCCGUCUCCAUCCCCGUCCCAUCUAGCAGAUGGUGUGGGGUCACUGCAUACCACCGUGUCACGACGUGAUGCGACGGUUCAAACAGCGGACCCUGAGAUUGUGGAAUGCUUUCUGCAAACGAACAACGCAAAUGAAUCUACAAACAUAGCGCGUGCCGUUCCUGCUUCAGGUGCACCGUGUGCGGACCACUCAUCUGAUCGGGAAGUUUGUAACGAGCCAAAAGCAAGCACACCUGGCCCCCAUGCCACACGCAUGGGAUCUCGCAUCGCCCAGUAUUUGCAACAGGCGGCCGUUACUGACCCGGUGAAUCCACAGUGGCUACACGAUGAAGUUGUUCAGAAUUUGCUUAGACAAAGAUCGGAAUGUUUGCAUCAGCUGAAAUGUGUGAUUGGUGCAAUUAGCGAACGGGAGAUGACGAUAGUGGAGAAUGUUCUGCGACAGCAACCACUCGCUGGGCCUUCCGUGUGAUACCGUGUCCGCUGGCCGUUCGUGGAGCACUGCUUCCACAGUACUUGUAUGCCAAUCCUUUUCUGUAUUAUAUCCGUAUCGGACCUUGAUUUUUUUUCUACAAAAACCUUUGCAUUCCCUGUAUUUCAUUGGACCGUUACUGCGUGACUUACCUUGUGCCAUUAAACAUGAAAUGUGCGUUCGU